CUCUCUCUGACAAACAACAACAGAACUACAUACACCCCACCAUCCAAUCCACAAUCCAUCAGCACACACACUCACAGCACAGCACAGUAUCCAUCCAUCCAUCCAUGCCAUGCCCGACCCCCCACCGCGCAAACGUCAACGCCAACAACGCCGCCCAGCCAAAUCAUGCUUGCAAUGCCGCCAGCGCAAGAUCCGGUGUGACCGCACCGUUCCCUGCGGGCCCUGCACCCGGGCUCGCUCGCCUCUGCCCUGCUCCUACCAGCACCGCCUGUCUCUGAGCCCGUCGCCGAGCCCGAAUCCGAUAGCCGCGCCCCCCUUGCUCCCUUGCGUCCGGCGGUGGCGCUGGCGCUGGGGAAUGCGAACGGGCACCGGGACCGGGACCGGGGUGCUGGAUCGGGAAGGCGGGAUGGCGCAGCUUGGCGCCGUUGUUCGCGAUCUACAGAGACGGUUGCAGCGGGUGGAGGCGAGGUUAUCGAGAUCGGGCACGGGGUUAGAGUCUGAGUCUCAGUCUGGGUCUGGGUCUGGGCUUGAACUUGAACGGGCUUUGCGCGAGGUAUGCGAUAAGGUGGAGAGGUUGGAAAGGCGGCUGGUAGUGGUGGUGGAUUCUUCGCGUGAUAGUGCUGGUGGUGGUCAUGGGGAUGGCGAUGGCGAUGGCGAUGGGGAGAUGUCCAUGUCCGUUGCUGCGACGCCGCCGAGACUGCAUGCUAGCGCGAGGAAGAUGAAGCUCUUUGGGCCAACGCAUUAUGGGUAUACGAUGGAUAAGCUCCAGCUCGUCGGCUCGCUCGAAACCAAGGGCCCUCUGGCGCUGUGCCCGGAGGCCAGAGCCGAACUGGCCAGCCAGAUCAGGGAGGUUCGAGAUCUCCGUCGAUCGGUCAAGAUGGACCAGACGCCGCGCCUGAAUGACCCGGUGUCAGAUCUCCGGCGCACGAUCCCAGCCAGGCCCGUGUGCGAUGAGCUGGUGGAAUGCUAUCUGCGCACGUUCGAAGGCAUCUAUCGCAUCGUGCAUCUGCCCUCGUUCAGGAAGGAAUACCGGCAUUUCUGGGACGAUAACGAUGGGUCUCUUCAGGUAUCCGCCACUCCAUUCCUGAUCAAACUGGUCCUGAUCCUCGCCAUCGGCACCACAUUCCAUCCCCAGCGUGGCAAGGCCGGCGCCCACUCCGAUCCGCAGUUGUUCCAGACCUGGAUCUAUGCCGCCCAGUGGUGGCUCACCGGCCCAUCCGAGAAAGCCUCCUUCAACCUGGACGGCCUCCAGAUCUUCUGCCUGCUUCUGCUAGCCCGCCAGCUGGGACCCCCGGGGCCCUCCCCGUGGCUCUCCGCGGGUGCCCUGCUGCAGCUCGCCACGGCCAUGGGCCUGCAUCGAGACUCCGCCCUGUUCCCUUCCCUCUCGCCCUUCCUGGCCGAGAUGCGCACCCGCCUCUGGGCCACCGUGCUGGAGCUGACCCUGCAACCUCCAGCACCCAUCAUCAUCAACAACAACCCCCACCCCAUCCCCUCCCACACUGACACCUCCCUCCAGCUCCUCCUCCACCAAUCCUUCUCCCUCCGCGCAGAAACCAUCCAGCUCAUCCACUCCCCGCAGCGGAUUCCAUACCAGAAAGCCCUGGCCCUAGCCACCGCUCUCCGCAACGCCUGCCACAGCAUCACAGCUUUCUUUGCUGGCACAAACACAAGCUCUAUCCCAACUACAUCCCCAGAUAGCCUCCCCCAUCCGGGUCCCUUCCACCACAAAUACCUCCUCACCACCCUUAACCGUUACAUUCUGCACCUCCAUCUCCCGUUCGCUCGCGCUGCCCCUGCGAAUCCGCAAUUUCACUUUUCGCGCAGACUCUGUCUUGAUGCUGCGCUUGGUAUUGCUGCUACUGUUGCUGAUAACAAAGACGACUUCACCACCCUAACAACCACCGCCCGCGGCCCCCUCCGCGGCCCACUAAACCUCGACAUCAUCUGCACGCUCGCCUUCGAACUCCUCACCCAGAUAGAAGAAUCUUCCUUUCCCUUUCCCAUUCCCACUUCCUCUUUCUAUCCCUAUUCCCAUCCCUCCACCCGCUUACCCAUCCUCCACGUCCUGCAAUCUCUCCGUGACCAGAGUCUGUAUGUUCUACGGCUGGGCACGCCCGCGCUGAAACGGUAUGUGAUUGUUGAGGCGUUGGUGGGGGAGAUUUGUGCUUUGGAGGGGGAGGAUUAUAGUGAUGGGCAAAGGCAUGUGGGAAACGGAAUCAGUGGGAAUGGAACCUUGGUGCAGACGAGGGUUUAUGAGAUUGUGAGGGGGUGUUUGGGGGUGUGGAUGGGUGAGAUGGACCUGGGCUUUGGGCUGGAUUUCGGGCUGGGGGGGUUGGUGGAUUGGGAGGGGUUUUGGGGGGUUGGUUAG